ACAAUAUGGAAUGGACAGGUGACUGGAGCGAUGAUUCUCCUCUGUGGAACCAAAUUCCAAUCUGGACCAGAGAAGCAUUUGGAUUCACCAAAAAGGAUGAUGGGGAAUUCUGGAUGAAGUUUGAUGACUUCUGUAAAAGGUUUACAACUGUUACAGUAUUGACUCUGGGGCCUGACUUUGAUGGUGAUGGAGGUGCAGAUGCUGGCAGCUUGCAAGAGGUAAAGGGUCAGUGGGUGACUGGAAUUAAUGCAGGUGGAUGCAGAAAUAAUAUAAAGAAGUAUAGCUGCAACCCUCAGUAUCCCAUCACUAUCACAGCCCCAGGAGCAGCUUAA